UUUGGCGCCGACAGCCGACAGACACACAGCAGCGACAACUAUUGCUGCAGCUGCCUCACUACAGUCGGACGCUGAGAAACCACCGACCCAAACGCACGUGGCACAUACGAGAGGAGUCGAGGCAUCUCAUCAGCAGAGGCUUUCUGUGAGUCGAAGGCACCGGCGGUCAUUGCCGCGGGAGAGCACGGAGAGGACACAACGGGCAGCGAGACUAGCAAAACGAUCUGACGGACGUCUUCCUUGUCCACGAUGAUGCACAAGAGCGGCAAGGCACUGAUCCACAAGGGCGACAAGCAUGCUGACAAGGCUGUGAGUCUAGUGGAAGGCGCCCAAGAGGUCCGCGAACUGUGCCGCACCGCCGGACUGAACCACAAGAACGUCAAGAACGCCUUCAAGGCGGUCGUGGGCGGCGGAGUUUUGGCGUUCGCGUCUCACCGCCACAGCACCCACGAAGAGGAGCAGAUUCUGGCUAUGAUGAGCGGGCCGGGGUCGAACGCGCUAAGGGUCCGCGGCUUCAGCAUCUUGCCCUUCAAGGAGCACGUGAAGCGGGUUUCCCGGCGCUAUGACAACCCCGACUCCCGCAUUGAAGCGAUGGAAGCGGUGGUGACCUCCGUGAAGGGGGCGUACUACCCCUACCAGGUCAACGUUGCAGCCUGGGACGUCGGCCUGGGCAUGGAGGAACCCGAGUGCUACGACAUGGUGGAGAGCGGCACCGCGAAGAACCCGGACGGCCUCGCGUACCGGUACGCCGUGUUCAGGGGCCAAGGCGUCAUCAAGUGGAAAGGGGGUCUCCAGACCGGUGUCCCCGACGUCUGCUGCACAGGAAAUCUCAACAUGGGCCCCGACAGCGUCUGGUUCAACCAAAUCCUUUACUGAUGGAUUAAUCGAUCGUCGUUCAAAUCUCCUCUGUUGUGCUUUGUAUCGUAAAUGGGCUCGCUCUCUUGUUUUUCUCUCUUUCCCUUACAAAGACGGCCGUGGCGUCGUCUCAACGAUUACCACCUAUUGCUGUUUAAAUCAUUCAUGGUGACAUGGAAGGGAUGUUCGAAAGCGCAGCGUGUGCGCUGGAUAAGUCUCUUGUUAUUUCGCGGUGAACGCUUGGAGCGAGACGCCGAUCGGAGCACUGGUCUCUAUCUCGCCUUUGAUAGACGGGGAGGACGAGAGAGAGAGAGGGGUAGUGUGGUCGGCGCACCGCUUGAGCAGGUAUUUCGCGCUUCUUUUUUUUUUGUGAAGGUGUUGAUUUUCUGUGUGUGGGGCGGGUGUUGGCUGUUUUUUUUGGUGCACGUUUCGAUUUUGUGUGUGUGUGUUGUCUUUUCUGCAAGUGUUGUUCUGGGAUGCUCCCUGUGUAUGGCACGUGUGCGGUAAGUGGAUCGCUUUUCCGUCAGCCAGGCUCUUGUUGUUUUCGAUUCACUGUCGUUGACGUGGGUCAGGUUUUGGCCGGUGCGCAUCAAUAUAUCUGUCCUCGGCAAGUGUUGAUCUAUCAUUGGAUUCAUCCUUGCAUGAUUCGGUCGGAAAGUGAGAGCCUGUGUUUUUAUCUGUAAACUUUCCAGCCUUUCUUGACGUGUAUUGAAUAGAUAUAUAUUUUCGCCUCUAUUGGCUUGCUAGGCGGGGGGGGGUAGCUCGGGGGACGGGGGAGAGAGGGAAUAGUUCCGAUUGUCACAUGGGGUCAUUGGCGGGGGGCUUCUAUAUCGAUUUUCUAGUCGGGACACUCAUCCAUUCGAGGGAGAGAUUCACAACCGAGUUGGUGUGAUGUCUUCUUCCACGAUACCCUUGUUGCCGGCUUUUUCUCGAAGGGUGAGGGACCGUGUACGCUCUGCUGGUAAUCAUGAAAAACGUUUCCUGUGAAGUCGUCUCGUGCAUGUGUUCAGCGUGGAGUGCCUUUCGACGACACGGCAAGAACCGUAUGGCUAGCCUGGGGGAUGGAUGCAGUAGAAGAGUGGCACGGAGGUUAUUUUGUGGGUGUCACUUGCCUUUUUUGUGCGUGUGGUGCGUGGGUAAUUUUAGUAGAACAUGUUGGUUGUGGCGUUUCCGUGUUGUGUAAGGGUAACGGUUGGGACCAGCUUGACUGUUUUCUCUAUCGGCUGUCCACCUAACCCCCUGGCGACCUGUCUCAGACGAGGAUCGGGGUGUGUGGGCUGGCGAUGGUGCAUCUGCAUAGUUCGGUCAGUUUACGUGCACCCAGCGUUGACUCUGCGCAGGCUGGCUUGGUGUUUUCGCUCCUUUGCUUUGGCUCGCUGUACAAACUGCUUUGUGGGUUUCCUCACAACAACCUGGGCACGCGCAUGCCGGUUGUGUGUCUUGCACCCUGCAUUCUACUCGACCCUGGGCACCAAGCUGGUGAAGAAUGGGGUUUUCAAGAAGUGUGUGUUGUCCGGGUGGCACCUGAAGUAUGUGCAUUUGUGUUUCGGCAUAGCUGUGAGAAAAUAGACUUUUGAACGCUCUGUGAGUUUCUCUUGAGUUCUAUCUCUUUUGCUCUUUAGAUUGUAGGGGACAAUGUCUUAGCCCGUUCAUCGAUCGAGAAAGAAACCGCGUGCUUCUGGGCAGGUGUGCUGCAUGUGUAUUGGAUAUGCCUGGAUAUGCACGUCCGGAUACAUGGGCGACCACAAGGUGUAAACUACGGCCUCAACGGGUACCUAUGCAUAGAUCACAGCAAGCUGUAGCUCCCAACAGUGGGUAGCGCGAGUGAGUUCGUAUGCGGAGAGUGGAUCAACCAACACUUAGUGUCGUUAUCCGUUACGGACGCCCGGCCCUGAGGUCGUGAAGGAUAUUGGCUGGUAGGAUCUCCUGCGCGAAUGGACGACGACAGCGAAACAGCUGUGGCACAGACCUUUCCAGUGGAAAUUGCGUAAUUUCUUGGACCACCUUGCCGUGGGCAUAACACCGGUUUGGGAGGAACAACCUUCCCCGCGGAGGCAUCCCUUGCUAUCGGCUUGCUCGAGGACCGCCUUCCUUAAAGUACAAGGGGUACAAGCAAACCUGAUUUUGAUUUUCAGUACCGACGAAUGCAAACUGUGGAAGCGUGGCCUAUCGAUCCUUUCUAG